AUUCAUAAGAAAGCCUAAACCUCUGAAUUCUUUACACAAUUUUCUGCUUCUACAGUCUUUCAGCAGCGACGCCCAACAUCUCGCCGUUUAUCUGCUAGUUUAACGACAAUUCCUGAUUGUUUCGUAAAACGCGUUUAUCGCAGUUCAACAGAUGGAUAAUAUCGAGGAGGACAUUCGCGCUUUGCAACUGGACUCAUCUGGUGAAGAUAGCAACAUGGUGACUAAUGAGAAUGGUGGGGAGCAUCAAGAAUCCAUAGCUCUGGAUAAAUUGGAAGAAGAUUUGAGGAAUGAGUCACAAACCGACUCCCACAUGGAGGAGGAUGCUAACCCCCACACAGGGCAUUCUGAUCCACAAGCUGCCAUUGCAGUGAAAGAGCAAGCAACUUCUGCUCCAGAACCUGUUGAUGAUGAGAAGAAUAAGAAGAGACACUUAAAUGUGGUAUUCAUCGGUCAUGUUGAUGCUGGAAAAUCUACCAUUGGAGGACAGAUACUUUACCUCAGUGGCCAAGUUGAUGAGCGUACAAUUCAAAAAUAUGAGAAAGAAGCCAAGGAUAAGAGUAGAGAGAGCUGGUACAUGGCAUACAUUAUGGAUACCAAUGAAGAAGAGAGAGCAAAGGGGAAAACAGUUGAAGUUGGACGUGCACAUUUUGAGACAGAAACUACACGUUUCACCAUAUUGGAUGCACCUGGGCAUAAAAGUUAUGUACCUAACAUGAUUAUGGGUGCUUCUCAAGCUGACAUAGGCGUACUGGUCAUAUCUGCUCGAAAGGGGGAAUUUGAAACUGGAUACGAGAGAGGUGGACAAACUCGUGAACAUGUUCAACUUGCAAAGACUUUGGGUGUCACUAAGCUCUUGGUUGUUGUCAAUAAAAUGGAUGAUCCAACUGUUAACUGGUCAAAAGAGAGGUAUGAUGAAAUCGAAUCGAAAAUGGUUCCUUUCUUGAAAUCUUCAGGCUACAAUGUUAAAAAAGAUAUUCAGUUUCUUCCAAUAUCUGGUCUUUUUGGAACUAAUAUGCAAACAAGAAUGGACAAAAAAGUAUGCCCUUGGUUCAAUGGUCAAUGUCUCUUUGAAGCUCUUGAUGUUAUUGAAGUUCCUCUUCGUGAUCCAACUGCUCCAUUUAGAAUGCCUAUUAUUGACAAGUUUAAAGACAUGGGAACUGUUGUUAUGGGAAAAGUAGAAUCUGGUAGCAUACGUGAAGGCAAUAAUCUUCUCAUAAUGCCAAACAAGGUUCAAGUGAAAGUUCUUGCUCUUUUUAUGGAUGAGGAUAGAGUGAGGAGUGCGGGCCCCGGUGAGAAUCUACGUGUCAGAGUAUCUGGGAUUGAAGAAGAAGACAUACUUUCAGGCUUUGUUCUUUCCAGUAUUGAAAAACCAAUACCAGUGGUUCAUGAGUUCAUAGCUCAGUUGCAAAUCCUUGAAUUGUUGGAAAAUGCUAUUUUCACUGCUGGAUACAAAGCUAUAUUGCAUAUUCACUCUGUUGUUGAGGAAUGUGAGAUUAUUGAGUUGAUGCAUCAACUUGAUCCUAAAACCAGAAAACCAAUGAAAAAGAAGGUGCUUUUUGUCAAAAAUGGUGCUGCUGUUAUUUGUCGUAUUCAGGUGACUAAUAUGAUAUGCAUUGAGAAAUUCACAGACUUUCAACAACUUGGUCGAUUUACACUCCGCUCUGAAGGAAAAACAGUUGCAAUUGGAAAAGUUACGGAUCUUCAGUCUACAAUACUAGAUGUUAUGUUGUGCGAUUGACAUAGAAAAUGGCUAUUAUGACUUAACAUUUGGAAAUUAGGUUUAACCAUGGGAUUUAAUGUUCAUGGUUAUUGGGUUUGCUAAGUCUCUACUGGAAGAAGAAAUUGAACCUUUUAAAAUUGUGUGUUUUUGGGUAUGUUUUGUAAGCAAACAAAUGGAGUUUACGUGUCUUUGUGUAAUGUUUUAUGAGCCAAGAAGAAAUGGAAUUUAG